AUGACUGCAAGAGCACAGUGCAGAAUGCUUCUUGAUGUAAAGAAGAAUCCUAGAGUGUCAGCUAAAGACCUACAGAAAUCUCUGGCACAUGCUAACAUUUUUGUUGACACAUCUACAAUAAGGAAAACAUUAAACAAGAAUGGAGUACAUGGGAGGACAUCACGGAGGAAGCCAUUGCUGUCCAAAAAACAUAUUGCAGCACGAUCUCGUCUUCGCCAGGAAGAUUUUCCUCCACGAAUAGUAGAGCAUCCAUCUGAUGUUAUUGUUUCUAAAGGAGAGCCUACAACUUUGAACUGCAAGGCUGAAGGAAGGCCAACUCCCAUUAUUGAAUGGUACAAAGAUGGAGAGCGUGUGGAGACUGACAAAGAUGACCCCCGUUCACAUCGCAUGCUGCUUCCUAGUGGAUCUUUAUUUUUCCUAAGAAUUGUACAUGGACGCAGGAGUAAACCAGAUGAAGGAAGCUAUGUUUGUGUUGCCAGGAACUAUCUGGGGGAAGCUGUGAGUCGUAAUGCUUCUCUGGAAGUAGCAUUAUUACGGGAUGAUUUCCGCCAAAAUCCUACAGAUGUUGUUGUGGCAGCAGGUGAACCAGCUAUCUUAGAGUGCCAACCUCCUCGAGGACAUCCUGAACCCACUAUCUAUUGGAAAAAAGACAAAAUCCGAAUAGAUGAUAGAGAAGAGAGAAUAAGUAUACGAAGUGGAAAGCUCAUGAUUUCAAAUACAAGAAAAAGUGAUGCUGGAAUGUACACAUGUGUCGGCACAAAUAUGGUGGGAGAACGGGAUAGUGAUCCUGCAGAACUUACUGUUUUUGAACGACCCACAUUUCUCAGAAGACCAAUCAACCAAGUGGUUUUGGAAGAAGAUGUUGUUGAGUUUAGAUGCCAGAUACAAGGCGAUCCUCAGCCAACAGUUCGCUGGAAGAAAGAUGACAUUGAUUUGCCAAGGGGAAGAUAUGAUAUCAAAGAUGAUUACACCUUGCGCAUUAAAAAGGCUAUGAGCUCAGAUGAAGGAACAUAUACAUGCAUAGCUGAAAACAGAGUUGGAAAAGUUGAGACAUCUGCAACUCUUAUAGUUCGAGUUCGUCCUGUUGCACCUCCACAGUUUGUGGUAAGGCCACGUGAUCAGAUUGUUGCCCAGGGAAGAACAGUAACAUUCCCAUGUGAAACUAAAGGAAAUCCUCAGCCAGCAGUGUUUUGGCAAAAAGAAGGCAGCCAGAAUCUUCUAUUUCCGAAUCAGCCUCUCCAGCCUAAUGCCAGGUAUUCUGUGUCACCAACUGGGGAUCUUACUAUCACAAACAUUCAGCGGGCUGAUGCAGGAUAUUACAUCUGUCAAGCACUCACAGUUGCUGGAAGUAUCUUAGCAAAGGCUCAGUUGGAAGUUACAGAUGUUUUAACAGAUAGGCCUCCACCCAUCAUUCUCCAGGGACCUGUAAACCAGACAUUGGCAGUAGAUGGAACAGCUUUACUGAAGUGCAAAGCUACUGGUGACCCAAUGCCUGUUAUCAGCUGGUUAAAAGAAGGAUUUACUUUUCUUGGCAGAGAUCCAAGGACAUCUAUACAAGAUCAAGGAACUUUGCAAAUUAAACCUUUACGGAUAUCUGACAUGGGCACAUAUACUUGUGUUGCCACAAGUUCAAGUGGGGAAACAUCUUGGAGUGCUGUGUUGGAUGUUACAGAAUUUGGGGGAGCAGCAGUUAGCAAAAAUUAUGAUUUAAAUGAUCUUCCUGGACCACCAUCCAAACCUCAGGUCACUGAUGUCACUAAGAACAGUGUCACGUUGUCUUGGCAGCCAGGUACACCUGGGAACUUACCAACAAGUGCAUAUAUCAUUGAGGCUUUUAGCCAGUUGGUGAGCAAUAGCUGGCAAACAGUGGCUAACCAUGUUAGAACAAUUCCUUACACUGUGAGAGGACUCCGUCCAAAUACCAUCUACCUGUUUAUGGUGAGAGCUAUCAAUUCACAAGGGUUGAGUGAUCCCAGCACCAUGUCAGAUCCUGUCCGAACCCAAGAUAUCAGUCCACCAGCACAAGGUGUGGAUCAUAGACAAGUCCAAAAAGAGCUUGGCGAUGUAAUUGUGCGACUACAUAAUCCUGUUGUGCUUACCCCUACCACAAUUCAAGUGACCUGGACGGUUGAUCGCCAAUCACAGUUCAUUCAGGGUUAUAGAGUUAUAUAUCGACAGACAUCAGGCCUGAUUUCCCCUUCUGCAUGGCAGACUGUGGAAGUCAAUGUUCCCACAGAACGGAGUGCUAUCCUUAUCAAUUUGAAAAAGGGGGUUACAUAUGAUAUCAAAGUUCGUCCAUAUUUCAAUGAAUUUCAAGGAAUGGACAGUGAAUCAAAAUCUGCACGUACCACUGAGGAAGCUCCUAGUGCCCCUCCACAAUCUGUUACAGUUCUGACUGUUGGAAACCACAAUAGCACCAGUAUCAGUAUUUCCUGGGAUCCACCUCCUCCAGAUCACCAAAAUGGAAUCAUUCAAGAAUAUAAGAUAUGGUGCCUGGGUAAUGAAACAAAAUUUCAUAUCAACAAGACUGUUGAUGCAGCUAUUCGGUCUGUAGUUAUUGGAGGCCUAUAUCCAGGGAUUCAGUACAGAGUGGAAGUUGCAGCAAGUACCAGUGCUGGCAUUGGAGUUAAAAGUGAACCACAACCUAUAAUAAUUGGAGGGCGUAAUGAAGUCAUCAUCACUGAAAACAACAAUAGCAUAACAGAACAAAUUACGGAUGUUGUCAAGCAACCUGCCUUUAUUGCUGGAAUUGGUGGUGCUUGCUGGGUUAUACUCAUGGGUUUCAGUAUCUGGCUCUAUUGGCGCAGAAAGAAGAGAAAGGGCCUUAGCAAUUAUGCAGUCCAGUCCUUCACCUUCACCCCUGCAGUCACUUUUCAAAGAGGAGAUGGAGGACUUAUGAGCAAUGGAAGUCGGCCAGGGCUGUUAAAUGCAAGUGACCCAAGUUAUCCUUGGCUUGCGGAUUCUUGGCCCGCUACCAGCCUUCCUGUUAACAACAGUACCAAUGGACCAAGUGACCUUGGGAAUUUUGGUCGUGGAGAUGUGCUACCUCCAAUGCCAGGGGAUAAGACUGCCACAAUGCUUUCUGAUGGAGCCAUUUAUAGCAGCAUUGACUUCAGUACCAAAACUAGUUACAACAGUUCCAGCCAAAUAACACAAGCUACUCCAUAUGCCACAACACAAAUACUGCAUUCCAACAGCAUCCAUGAAUUGGCAGUUGAUUUACCAGAUCCUCAGUGGAAAAGUUCAAUUCAGCAGAAAAGUGACUUGAUGGGAUUUGGUUACUCUCUUCCAGAUCAGGGCAAAGGCAACAAUGCCUUGCUUUACAUCCCUGACUACCGAUUGGCUGAGGGAUUGUCUAAUAGAAUGCCACACAACCAGUCACAAGAUUUCAGCACCACCAGCUCUCACAACAGUUCAGAAAGGAGUGACAGCCUCUCAGGUGGGAAAGGAGGAAAGAAAAAGAAAAACAAAAAUACUUCCAAGACUCAGAAAAAUAAUGGGUCUACCUGGACCAGUGUUCCUCUUCCACCUCCUCCAAUACAUCCACUUCCAGGAACAGAGUUAGAACACUAUGGAGUGGAUCCACAAGAACAAGGGUACAACAGUGAUGAUUGGUGCCCACCUUUACCAGUCCAGACAUAUUUGCAUCAGGGAAUGGAAGAUGAACUUGAAGAAGAUGACCGAGUUCCUACACCUCCUGUCCGAGGAGUGGCUUCUUCCCCUGCAAUCUCUUUUGGACAACAGUCCACUGCGACAUUAACUCCCUCUCCCAGAGAAGAAAUGCAACCUAUGCUUCAGGCCCAUCUUGAUGAGCUGACCAGGGCAUAUCAGUUUGAUGUAGCAAAGCAAGCAUGGCACAAUCAAAUCAAUAUUCAGCCACCUCAGACCCCAGCUCCCCCAUUAGGAUAUGUCUCUGGAACAUUAAUAUCAGAUUUUGAAGCAGACAUUCCAGAGGAUGAAGAUGAGGAUGAUAUUGAAGAAGAGGCUAUAGAAAUCACACGGCCAUUACGAGACCUAGAGCAUACUUCAGGCUGCGGCACAGACAACCUUGACAGCUCUCUGACAGGCAAACCACAUUCCACUUCUCAGAAACUUCGCCCAACCAGCCCAUUUUCUACUGAUAGCAAUACUAGUAUAAUCCAGAAUCAGAGUCAAAGGCCUAGGCCUAACCCUACCAAAAAACAGCCAUCCUUGCCUCAUCGUAGGGAAGGCAUGUCAGAUGAUCUUCCACCACCACCAGACCCACCUCCGGGUCAGGGAAUAAGGCAACAGAUAGGUACUGGCCAACGUGGAGGUUCAACAGAGAGAAAAGGGAGCUCUUUAGAGCGACAGCAUACAACCAACAUAGAUGAAACAAAGAGUUCUUUGGAUCGCCAAGGUAGAACAUCAUUAGAGUGGCAACGACAAACCCAGGAUUGGCUAACUUCCACCGAACUUCAAGGCCAGCAAAAGCAAGCCUUUGGAUCAGAAGAGACAUUGGUGCCAUAUAGCAAGCCUAGCUUCCCAUCCCCAGGUGGUCACAGCUCUUCAGGUACAGCAUCUUCUAAAGGAUCAACUGGACCCAAAAAAGCAGAUGUCAUGAAAGGAGGCCAUCAGCGCAACAUGAGCGACCUCAUUGAUGUAGGAUAUAUUGGAUUAAACAGUCAAGGACAGUUUUCUGAUGAAUUAUGUAAGAUUAUUUUGCAAUCAAGAACAUUAAAAUGUUUAAAAUUAGAAUAG